AUGAACAAUAGUAUCAUAGGAGAUAUUAAAAGAUAUUUGAGUGAAUGUGAAGUUAUUGUUAAUACAAAUAAUAGAUAUAUUAACAGUCAAAAGAUGUAUUAUGAAACAAAAUUGGAGCAAUUGAAUAAAAGAUUGGAAGAAGAAUAUCAAAAGAGAAUUGAAUUUGAAACAAUGUUGAGAGAUUAUCAAAUGAAAGAACUGGAAAAAGAAUAUAGAGAUGAGAUAAUAACUGUACUCAUUGAGAACCAUUCAAAUAUUUCAAAAGAGAGAGAUAGAUUAGUUGAGAGUUUCAAUAAAGAAAGAAAAGAAUGGAAUUUAGAAAGAGAGAAAUUAUAUAUGCAGUUCAAAGAUUUGAAUAGUAAAGGCAAUAAUAACAAUCAAAGUAGUAAUAGCAGUGAAUCCAAAUAA